UUGUCGGGUCGCGACUCACCGCAGGGCGGGGUCUAGUGCUGCCGGGAGGAGUUGCGGGUUUGGUGGGCGGUGGGGGGGGCGGUUAGGGGGCAGCUGCCAGUGGACAUGGCGGCGGGCCGUAGCGGGGUUACGCUUGCCGUCUUUGGAGUGUUUAGUAUUUGUACGGUUAGCGGCUCUGGGCCCGUGGCUGAGAGGGAGACCGGCGGGGAGGCGGGCUGGACGGAGCCAUGGGAUGGUGCGGUUUUCCGGCCGCCCUCAGCGCUGGGCGCGGUCGGGGUGGCGCGCAGUCCAGGGACCCCGCGGCCAGGGAGGGAGGGGGCGGUGGACUUGCCGGUGCUGCUGUGGUGGAGCCCAGGCCUAUUUCCUCACUUCCCGGGCGACUCGGAGCGCAUCGAGUGCGCGCGUGGUGCGUGCCUGGCGUCCCGGGACCGCCGGGUGCGGGGGCACUCACGGACGCGCGCGCUGCUCUUUUACGGCACUGACUUUCGCGCGUCUGAGGCGCCGCUGCCGCGCCUGGCACAUCAGAGCUGGGCGCUUCUGCACGAGGAGUCGCCCCUCAACAACUUCGUGCUGAGCCACGGGCCCGGCAUCCGCCUCUUCAAUCUCACUGCCACCUUCAGCCGCCAUUCGGACUACCCGCUGGCGCUGCAGUGGCUGCCCGGGACCGCCUACCUGCGCCGCGCGGCGCCUUCGCUACAGGAGCGCGCCGAGUGGCGCCGCCGCGGCUACGCGCCUUUGCUCUAUCUGCAGUCCCACUGCGACGUGCCUGCGGACCGGGACCGCUACGUGCGCGAGCUGAUGCGUUACAUCCCGGUGGACUCCUAUGGGAAAUGCCUGCAAAAUCGGGAGCUGCCCACUCCGCGGUUACGGGACACAGCCACAGCCACCACCGAGGAUCCAGAGCUUUUGGCCUUCUUGUCUCGCUAUAAGUUCCAUUUGGCCCUAGAAAAUGCCAUCUGUGAUGACUACAUGACAGAAAAACUGUGGCGCCCCAUGCAUCUCGGGGCUGUGCCUGUGUAUCGCGGCUCUCCUUCUGUGAGGGACUGGAUGCCCAACAAUCACUCCAUCAUCCUCAUUGAUGACUUUGAGUCACCUCAGAAGCUGGCAGAAUUUAUUGACUUUCUGGACAAGAAUGAUGAGGAAUACAUGAAAUACCUGGCAUAUAAGCAACCUGGGGGCAUCACCAACCAGUUCCUUCUGGAUAGUCUGAAGCAUCGGGAGUGGGGAGUGAAUGAUCCUUUGCUGCCUAACUACCUCAAUGGCUUCGAGUGUUUCGUCUGUGACCAUGAACUGGCUCGGCUGGAGGCCGAGAAAGCUCACGCAGCCUCUCCUGAGGAUAUCCCUGGCCCUGAACCUCACAUUGCCCAGCCCUCACACAUGGAUUGCCCGGUGCCCACACCUGGUUUUGGCAGUGUGGAAGAGAUUCCUGAGAAUGACAGCCAUCUCAUUCUCUCAACUGUGAUUGGAACAACACCUUGGUACUUGUCUAAGAAUGAGGUAAGAUGGGUCAGAUUUAAGGUCUUAAAACUUCGAUGCUAUUCUUUAAAACUCUUCAUUAUUCAGUACCUUUCCUAAUCUGUUUUCCUCAUCUCCUGCUUUAUAGCCUUUUAGGUUGGUGGUGAAGCAGAACUCUUGGUGGGUUGUAUUCUGGUUCUUAGAGUUGUAUUUUUAAUAUCAUUUGCUUGUCUUCGAUGUCAAACUUUUUAUUUUAAAUGGAUUUUUCUUUCUUGGUUUUCCACAGUAUCUGAUGAAGAUGCAGGAGCCUUGCCACCAUCCCCACACUCAUUCUCCCCUGCAUUAAACUGGCUAUAGACUUGACAGCUUUUUUUACUGCUGAUUUGCCUUUUUUUUUUUUCCCUUUAGAGCGUAUCAUGAAUUCCUUCUCAUCUCAUGAACAUAAAGAUUCAAUGGCUAAUAUAUGCCAUGUCAAUUUAAUGAAUUGUCCUGCUCUAUUUUAGGUUGCGGAUAGAGACUAAGGCUGGAAAUGAUGACAGAGUAUAUAUCAUUCAUAUAUAUUUAAAUGAUUUUGGAAUGUUAAAAUAGACCAGUGCAAAUCAAACUGCAGAUUUUUAUAGGUCUUUGUCUUUUCUGUCUGCCUAAUGAACUCUUCUAUUUUACUAUUUUUAUAUGCUACCAAAGUCUGAUUUUCCCCAAAGAGUCAUGAAAAUUAUGUUGGAAAAAACAGCCCAGCAAUAUAGUUGUAGUCAUUACCUCAUAUUAUGUAGCAUUUUUCACUUUAUGUGGAAUGAAUAUUCAAACAUCAUUCUAUUACCAGUAUCUGUACAACUUUGUAGUACUUACUGAGACUGCGUUUUGAUGGAGCCCACCUAAGGUCCUCUCCAGGGGAGGUGAGGCAAGAGAUAGCCACAAGUGGUUGACUAAAUAAAAAAUUGUUAGGCAGAUUUUGGGGUAUAGCCAAACCCUUUUAUUGCUGUGGUUUGAAUAUAAAGCUUAAUGGGCAGGGAGACCAUUAGGUUUUUCUGGGCCAGUGGAAUGAGAAAGAAUACUUUGGAUCUUAGCGCUACUCUGGUUGUAUAAUGUAUUAAUAAUUAUCACUAGAGAAUUUCCACAGCCUAUCAGUUUAUCUGUUUGGGAAUUAAUAUAUGUACUUUUAUAUACACAUAUACACACUGAUAUACAACCAGAAGUGUGUGUGUGUGUGUGUGUGUGUGUAUGUUAGAUGCUUCAACAACUAGGGUCCCCCCCUUAAUAUUGUGACAUCUAAGGAUGUGGCAGCUGUAAUUGGGGUUGGAUUUCACUGCCAGGGUGGUUCUUUUUCCAUUUUAUUUUUUAGUAAAAAAUACCCUUCACAACAGCAUGGAAAGUUUGCUUAACCUGUUUGAGCUUGUUCAGAAAAGAACAAGAGGGAAAGACAGACCUCCAAACAUACUUAUAUUAAAAUAGUAGCGACCCACAAAAGAAGUCAUAUUCAGGACUCUGAUUUCUGAAUUUGCAAUCUACUUAAAUGCAGGUGCUGAUUUAUAGUGCAAACUACAUACUACUCAAGUGCAAACUAAGGUUAGGAAUCAAGUUUCAUGAUGUGCAAUAAAAUGGGUAAGCGCCAAGUGUAUAACCAUCCUUACCUCUCCAAAUUAGACCAGUUCACACUGGCAUUCCUUUAGCACUUUUAUGUAUAAAGUGGGCCAGUUGUUUAUGAAUUAUUGUGGCUGGAGACUCAUGCCUGCUUUGUGCACAGUGCUUCCCAGACUUUCUCCUUUAAUCCUAUCACAAUAGAACUAUUCAUAAAAGACCACAGUAAACCAGGUGCUAUGUUUCCGCAAGAGAAAGCAGAACCAAUAUGAAGAGAAAGCAAACAAUGUGAAUUUUCUCUGGUUUGGGCCCAGCUUGCUCUGUGAAUGGCAACAGGCUCAAGAUUAUUGGUGGAAGAAGUGUCUGACUAGGAAUCAGUUUUAUUUGUGCUGCUGGGGUGGCAGUGGAGUAUGGGACUGAUGCCUUUAUUAAUCUGUAUGUUGCAGUUUUCUAUUUUCUUACAUUUCAUUUUGUAUAAUAAAUGACUUCUUUUUAAACAGUG